CCGCCUCCUUCUCCUCCUCCUCCUCGUCCUCCACCUGCUGCCGCUGCGCCAGUAGCCGGCUGGGGGGAGCCGCCUCACACCCCGCGGGGCCCCUUUGUGCUGCUCCGGAGCUGCCCCGGCUGCGCCAGGGCCCCGCAGCCUCUCUCUCUCGCUCUCUGCCCGCCGAGGGAGAGCCGCCGCCGAGCCGCCCGCUCCGCCAUUGCAGCGCGGGGCCGCGGCGGAACGACGCCUCGCCGCCCGCUGAGGAAGGGCCGGCAGCCGCGGCGAAAAUCCUGCUUUCCUGGAAGAAUGGUGAAACUGGGGAAUAAUUUCAGCGAGAAGAGCACAAAGCAGCCCCUUCUGGAGGAUGGAUUUGACACCAUCCCCCUGAUCACACCCCUGGAUGUCAAUCAGCUCCAGUUCCCACCUCCUGACAAGGUUGUGGUCAAAACGAAAACAGAAUAUGAACCUGAUCGCAAGAAGGGAAAAUUCCGUACUCCUAAAAUAGCUGAGUUCACAAUCAGCAUCACUGAAGGGGUUUCAGAAAGAUUUAAGGUAACUGUGCUGGUCCUUUUCGCCCUUGCGUUCUUAACAUGCGUUGUAUUUCUGGUAGUCUACAAGGUUUACAAGUAUGAUCAUACCUGCCCAGAAGGAUUUGUUUUCAAGAAUAAUCAAUGCAUUCCAGCUGGGUUGGAAAACUACUACUCUGAACAAGACUCCAGUGCUCGAGGGAAAUUUUACACAGUCAUAAACCACUACAAUCUGGCCAAACAAACCAUCACGCGCUCAGUGUCCCCAUGGAUGACAGUACUGUCAGAAGAGAAAUUAUCUGAACAGGAGACUGAAGCCGCUGAGAAAUCAGCUUAGUAUGAUAAGCUAAUUAUUAACACUAUGUCAUUUGAAGGUAACUAAGGGACUUUAAGGAACUUUUCAUUAAAUAUAAUUAUGGAUAAUUUAGAGGUUACUCAUGUUUAUGGUGCAAUUGCUUCUGUUUGCUGAUACUGCUUUGCAAAAACAAAACAAAAACUUGCUGCAGAACAUUCAUGGGCGUAAAACAAGAUGCAUAUCAGCAUUGCUUUAGAGCUUUGACACCAUUUUCAAUGUUAAAAAAAACAACUGUUAGAUAUGUUCUUGCAGUUUAUUGGAUACUGACAGAUUUCUUCACUGGAUUUUCAGGGCUUGGACCUUAAAUCAUGUGUUCUGUUGUC